AUGGUAUUUCUAGCUGUUUAUCGUACUGAAGCUAGUUCUAUGGGAAUUUGCAUUAAAAAUUGUGCUCAAUGUAAAAAAAUGUUCGGUCCUUAUUUCGAAGGCCAACUUUGUGCGGAUGCUUGUGUGAAAUUUAAAGGGAGAAUCAUUCCGGAUUGCGAAGAUAUUUCGUCUAUUGCACCGUUUCUCAGCAAAUUUGAUCAGUAUUAG